CUUGAAGGAUAACGGCUGACAUCUCCAUGUCAAGAGUGCUCUAUACGCCAUACUAUACGUUUUCACCCUAGAUUAUCCCAUCUUCCCAAUCUCCAUAACCCGCCCCAGACACUCCAACUCCAGAAAACAAGGCCUACGCAGGCUGAGGAAUAUGGGGGUUUCGGGGGACACCCUGGUGUGAUUUGUGUGCUCGUCUAGACUAGUCCCUCAGGAAGAGUUCGGGGCCGAUCGGCGCCAAACCGAGUUGUGGAGAUAGUGACACAAUAAUUAUCGCUUGUCACUUCUUAUUUUGCCUAGGCCUCAUGAAGAGGCCAAGAGGGGCUUUCGGGUGGGUGUGGGGGGGAACGACCUGCGCUGCCCACUGUCCACUGCCCAGAACCACCCUUUGGCGCCGGGGGGUGUCAGGCACCCCUGGAGUAACUGUAAGUAAGUAGUCACUUCCUUACAGCAUGAGCAUUAUUCAGGUGCGACAUGUCCGAUAUAUGCAAACUGCUAAUACUACUGAUAUCUGAUCUCUCCUGUUACUGCUGGCUGCUGCUUUCUGGCUACUUUGGUCCAGGCAAAACCGACCCGUCAACCCUGCCCAUUCGUUACUUUUUCCUCUUUGCUACUACAACGACGGACUUGGGAAAUCCCUCGCUCCUCAUCGCUCCAGGCUCGUCCAUCCCGGAUCGUCACCGCCGAGCCCCGCCGGGUGUAAAACUUCCUCAGGCUCAGACCCAAGGGCUCAAACAAACCACCGUGUGCGCCAGGAUGGAUCCAACACAGUAAUAAUGGGGGUUCAAUCCGUGGCACUAGUGGGUUUGAGGAUGCCCAGCCUGCUGAAGAGGCUGACGAAUUACUUCAGAUCGCUCCUCG